AUGAGCUUCGAAGCCAACACGCACGCAUUGAAGAGAACGCUCCGCUCAAGGUCGUUCUGGCAGUGGAUAUCUCUCGCCGCAGGCUUAUAUCUCCUGAUUCGACUAUUGAGACCUCCGCCGCCAAAACCUGUCCGCCAUACUUUCGAGCCUUUACAUGUUACUCCGGUUUCUGAGGAAUCUGAUGAUGGCAUUGACUGGACACGCUAUGCAUAUGUUCAAUAUGUCACCGACAAGGAGUAUCUCUGCAAUAGCCUGAUGAUGUUUGAGUCUUUGCAUCGACUUGGAAGCAAGGCAGAUCGCGUCUUGCUCUAUCCACAGGAUUGGGAACUAUAUCCCAAGCCAAAGACAUGGGAAAGCAUGUUCCUGCGCCAGGCGCAGGAUGAUUACAAGGUUCAUAUUAUACCAGUCAGGCCUCAGCAUACCGGGAUCGGAGACAGUACUACAUGGGCAGAUAGCUUCACCAAGUUGCUGGCAUUCAAACAGACACAGUACGAUCGAGUAUUGAGUUUGGAUUCGGACGCCACGAUCUUAAAGCCUCUCGAUGAGCUUUUCUUCUUGCCUGAUCAUCCGGUGGCGGCGCCUCAUGCAUACUGGUUACCUGAUCCCGACACAAUUUCGUCGGCAGUCUUGCUGAUCAAGCCAUCCAUGGACGAGUUCAAACGUGUAAUGAAGAGCAUGUACAGCCGCUCGUCUUCAGACGAAUUUUACGACAUGGAAGUAAUCAAUGACCUUUACGCCGGCGAUGCAAUGAUCCUGCCAAACGAACAUUGGGUGGUGUCUGGCGAAUUUCGCCGAAAGUCACAUCACGGAUACCUGGAUGAGGGCGAAACCUGGGAUCCUCAAAGAGUGUUGAACGAGACGAAACUCGUCCACUUCUCAGAUUGGCCCCGUCCAAAGCCGUGGUUCCCUGCAUCGGAAGAAAUUCUCCUCAAGACGAUGCCAGCCUGUGACACUAUGCCGGGUUCAGCACACAAGGACUGUCGCAACCGAGACGCUUGGAAUUGGCUGUACAGCGACUUCCAAGAGCGACGAGAGAGGGUCUGUGGGGUCGCCUUCACAUUAUAUUAA